AGUGUCAUGUGGGGAGCAGAGAGGGCAGGACUGGGAUGACUUGCCCCUGGUGCUCUGACACUUUGAGCUGCACCCCCAAGACAGUGUUUGGAUUCAAACCAGAGCCAGCAUGACCAGUAACAGUAACUUGUGACUUCACAGUCAGCCACAGAAUUCUGCCAUCAUGGUUCCCCUUGGAAACCUGCGAAGAUUCUGCAGCAGGCUCACUUGGCAGCGUUUUAGAUUAGCUGAAGCAUCUUCAAUAAAUUGGCUGUCUUCGGCUGUCAGUUUAUUAGCAGCUUAUCAGCUUAGGUGUCAAGAUGGGUGGCUGUUGGUCAUGUGUGGCCUUCAGGUCUCACCCAGAGGCAGAACCAAAGGAUGAAGAUGAAGAGGGGGCACUGACAGGUCAUCCCAGAAACCCAACCCAUGUUGCACCAUAUUCUGGGGGACUCCCCAAUUUUGGGGGGGACACUCUGGGGAAAGAGCUCAUUGAGGAAUCCUCCAUGCCAGAACCCAUUCCAGCACCUCGCAUCACCAACAACAUCCUGGGGGAAGAGCUCACUGAGGAACCCUCUGUGACAGAACCCCUUCCAGCACCUCGCAUGACCAAUGACAUCCUGGGGGAAGUGCUCAUUGAGGAACCCUCCAUGCCAGAACCACUUCCAGCAACUCGCAUCACCAACAACAUCCUGGGGGAAGCACUCAUCGAGGAACCCUCCAUGCCAGAACCCUUUCCAGCACCUCGCAUCACCAACAAGAUCCUGGGGGAAGCACUCAUUGAGGUACCCUCCGUGCCAGUACCCCUUCCAGCAACUCACAUCACCAAUGACAUCCUGGGGGAAGCGCUCACUGAGGAACCCUCUAUGCCAGAACCACUUCCAGCACCUCACAUGACCAAUGACAUCCUGGGGGAAGAGCUCACUGAGGAAAUCUCCAUGCCAGAAUCUCUUCCAGCACCUCGCAUCACCAAUGACAUCCUGGGGGAAGAGCUCACUGAGGAACCCUCCGUGACAGAACCUCUUCCAGCACCUCGCAUCACCAACAACAUCCUGGGGGAAGCGCUCAUUGAGGAACCCUCCAUGCCAGAACCCCUUCCAGCACCUCAUAUCACCAAUGACAUCCUGGGGGAAGAGCUCACUGAGGAACCCUCUAUGCCAGAACCCGUUCCAGCACCUCGCAUCACCGACAACAUCCUGGGUGAAGUGCUCAUUGAGGAACCCUCCGUGCAAGAACCCCUUCCAGCACCUCACAUCACCAACAACAUCCUGGAGGAAGAGCUCACUGAGGAACCGUCCGUGCCAGAACCUCUUCCAGCACCUCGCAUCACCAACGACACCCUGGAGGAAGAGCUCAUUGAGGAAACCUCAAUGCCAGAACCCCUUCCAACACCUUGCAUCACCAGUGACCUACUGGGGAAAGUGCUCAUUGAGGAUACCUCAGUGCCAGGUCCUUCCAUCCUCACAGACACUCCAAAGGAAGCAGCGUCUGUGUCAGAGCCCUUACUAGAGCCUUCCAUUGCUGAUUAUUAUCUUCAGCAAGAAGUAGAACUCCUCAAAGGGUUACAACAUGACUAUGUCCAGCAGCAACUGAGGGUUCGCCGCAUUUCCCAACAGUUCCCUCGUUGUCUCCGGGCCAUCAACCUGCAAAUUGGACACAUGCGGACAAGGCUCAUCCGCAGUGAAGUUUGGCUGCAGUGGUGGGAAAGGGAAGGUAUGUUCACAGCAUGCCCCUGAAAUUGCUGCUGGGCUAAGAAUGGCUCUUUUGUUUAUAUCAUGUUGAAAUGCUUGAUUUGAGUCUGCAUCUAAGGUUUCAGUGGGGAGGCCUGUGAGUGGGUUGUCAGUGCUUGCUGAAGUGUUCCUUCGUUUUCUGUCUUUCAUGUGUCCAAGCUCCAGUGCCUGUAAUCCAAGCAGCUUCUCAGAGUGAGCAGUGAGGGCAAGUGAUGGUGGGUGUGGUAGGAUGUCAGCCUUUGCAGCUGACCUCCUUCUUCUUCUUCUCUCUUGCAGAUGUUCCUGCAGGCCCUGCGGCACUUCUCCAGCCCUCUGGGUCUGAUUCAUCAUUGUCCUCUGCCUCCCUUGAGGUUGCCUCCAUCCCACCCUCCACCUCUUCCCUCCUCCUGCAUCCCUCUCCAGCUCCUCCUCCUUCCCCACCUCCUCUGGAGCCGGACCUCAGCAAUGUGAAAGAAACUCUGCAGAGUUUGGUAGAGAUGCAGGUCCAUCAGCUGCGUGACCGCCAAAGAGACCUCCGCAGCUGCCAGGAAUGCUUACAAAGCUUCAAGGCACUGAGGGGACAAUUGAGGCGGCUAAGGAGCAGACUGGCCAGGGUGGAAGCCACUAUGGGGAUCGUGGUUCCUCCAAGGGAGCUGGACGUUGCUGAGGAAGAAGGGGAAGGCAAAUUAAAAGAGACAACUGUGCUACUAUCUACAUAAGUAGCAAUAAAAUGCUGUGUAUAUAUUUUUAAAAAAUUAAAUAUUUGUUUUAAUAGGAUGUAGAGAUAGAACAGCAAUAAAACUAGCAUAUUUAUUGUUUAAAAAAAUAAAAUGUUUUAUUUUAA